AUGGCUUCCUCUUCUUCUUCUUCUUCUUCUUCAACAGAGCAAACGAAAUUCUCCGUCUUAGUCAGUCUCUUCAACUGGAUUUCAAAGACCAAAACUUCCUCCAGAAAACGCUCUAAAUUCCGCAAGUUCCUAGAUACUUUCUGCUCUCCUUCCGAUUACUUCUCCGCCAUUCGCCUUAUCCUCCCUAACCUCGACCGCGAACGCGGCACUUACGGUCUCAAGGAAUCAGUUCUCGCCGUUUCCCUCAUUGACGCUCUCGGCAUGUCUAGGGAUUCUCCUGACGCUUUGAAGUUGAUUAAUUGGCGUAAAGGAGGCCCCAAGACUACUGGUGCUAAUGCCGGCAAUUUCCCUCUCGUUGCCGCCGAAAUGUUGCAGCGGAGGCAAGGAAUGGCUUCGGGUGGGGUGACGAUUGGGGAGCUAAAUGAGUUGCUUGAUAAGUUGGCGUCUAGUGAAAAUAGGGCAGAGAAAACUGCAGUACUUGCUACUUUGAUAACGAAGACAAAUACGCAGGAAAUGAAGUGGAUUAUUAUGAUUCUUCUUAAAGAUUUGAAGUUGGGGAUUAGUGAAAAGAGUAUAUUUCAUGAAUUUCAUCCGGAUGCAGAAGACUUGUUUAAUGUUACAUGUGACUUGAAAUUAGUUUGUGAAAAGCUGAAGGAUCGAAAUCAAAGGCAUAAACGUCAGGACAUUGAAGUUGGAAAAGCUGUGCGUCCUCAGCUAGCUAUGAGAGUUAGUGAUGCACAUGCUGCAUGGAAAAAGCUACAUGGGAAGGAAGUGGUGGUGGAAUGUAAAUUUGAUGGUGAUCGCAUCCAAAUACAUAAGAAUGGUGCAGAAGUACAUUAUUUCUCAAGGAACUUUCUAGAUCACUCUGAAUAUGCUCAUGGAAUGUCGGACAUUAUUGUACAAAAUGUUUUGGAUGAGAGGUGUAUUCUUGAUGGUGAAAUGCUGGUCUGGGAUACUUCUUUGAAUCGGUUUGCUGAGUUUGGCUCAAAUCAGGAAAUAGAUGUUGCUUUUGAUAUUCUUUAUGUUGGAGACACAAGUGUGAUUCACCGAACCUUGAAGGAAAGGCAGGAGCUACUCCGUAAAGUUGUCAAGCCAGUGAAGGGUCGUUUAGAGAUCAUUGUACCUGAUGGGGGUCUUAAUGCUCACCGUCUUCCUGGUAGCGAAAGGGAACCUUGUUGUUCGCUCAUUGCUUAUAACGUGGAUGACAUUGAGAAGUUUUUUAAGGAAACCAUUGAAAACAGGGCUGAAGGUAUUGUGCUAAAAGACCUUGGUUCCAAAUGGGAACCAAGUGAUCGGAGUGGAAAGUGGUUGAAACUUAAGCCUGAGUACAUUCGUGCUGGUUCUGAUUUGGAUGUUCUUAUCAUAGGGGGAUACUAUGGUUCGGGACGUCGUGGAGGAGAGGUGGCUCAAUUUUUGUUGGGCCUAGCAGAGCGUCCUGCUCCUAAUAUGUACCCGAGGCGAGUGGGCAAUGGGCUGUCAGAUGAGGAGCUGGAUACUGUUGUCUCCAAACUAAAGCCUUAUUUUAGGAAAAAUGAAUACCCAAAGAAGUCACCACCAAGUUUUUAUCAAGUUACUAAUAAUUCAAAAGAGAGACCAGAUGUGUGGAUUGAAAACCCUGACAAAUCAAUAAUACUUUCCAUUACUAGUGAUAUUCGGACCAUAAGUUCUGAGGUAUUUGCUGCUCCAUACAACUUGAGAUUUCCACGUAUUGAUAGAGUGCGAUAUGACAAGCCUUGGCAUGAAUGUCUUGAUGUGCAGUCAUUUGUAGAGUUAGUAAAUUCAAGUAAUGGUACCACACAAAAUGGGAAAGAGUACAGAGGUGUGCAAGAUAACAAACCAACAGGCAUGAAAUCCUCCAGAAAAGGAGAGAAAAAGAGCGUGUACUUCCUCUUCCUCUCUGAUUGUUCAAAGAAGAAGUUACAGGAAGAAAUUGAUGAAUUUUCGGAUUCUUACUACUGGGACCUUGAUCUUUCAGGCAUCAAACAGCUUUUGAGCAACAUAAAUACAUCAGAAGAUGCCAAAGCAAUAGACUACUUUAAGAAAAAGUACUGCCCGGAGGAAAAAUGGUCUCUAUUUCAUGGCUGCUGUGUAUAUUUUCACAUUUCAGAAGAGUCUUUAACACCCGAUUGGGAAUCCUUGUUGGGACUUGCACUUAGGAGGUUGAAGCUUGAAAUUUUCAUGGGUGGUGGCAAAGUCAGCAAUAAUCUUGCUCAUGCUACUCAUUUGGUGGUCCUGACCAUACCAGCAUCUGAUGUGGAUUUUGAUUCCCUUGUGAAAAGUUUUACAGCUGGAGAAAAACAUUUUCUCCUGAAUAAGAGGUUGUAUGUGGUUGGAUCUCAAUGGUUGGAGGACUCUUUGAAGAGGGUGCAAAAGUUGCCGGAGGAUGCAUAUAACUUGAAGCCCUCUGGUUUGGAAGAGUCAAACUUUAAAGAAUUUGUAUGUGACCUAGUUAUAGAAGAAGCCUCUCCCAUUUUAGAAGGUGCAGGAAAUGAGAGAUUGCAAUCAGUUCUUGACAGUAAAGCCAAGGAGAAAGGAGGCAAAGCUGCUUUGAAAGAUUCUAAUAUAUUGUUCUCACCAAAAAAGGAGACAAGGAAAAGAGGGAGGCCUGCUGGUGGGAGCACAAAGAAAGGAAAGCUAGGUGUUGGCCAAGCUCGAAGAACACGUGCACGCAUAACAAACAAGCCAGCAAAAAUAUGUGAAGAGGAUUCAGAUGCAAGUGGUUCACAUGAUGAUAAAAAUGAAGAAAACGAAAUGAGUGAAGGAAAUGCGGAAAUUCAUGGAGGGAGGCCUGCUCGUGGGAGCACAAAGGAAGGAAAAAUAGGUGUCGGCCAAGUUCAAAGAACACGGGCACGUAUAGCGAACAAGCCUGCUAAAAUAACUGAAGAGAAAUCAGACGAAAGCUGUUCACAUGAUGAUAAAAAUGAAAACCAAGUGAGUGAAGAAAAUGAUGAAAUUCAUAGAGGAAGGCCUGCUGGUGGGAGCACAGAGAAAGGGAAAACAGGUGCUGGCCAAGCUCGAAGAAGACGCGCACGUAUAACAAACAAGCCUGCUAAAAUAUCUGAAGAGAAAUCAGAUGAAAGCUGUUCACAUGAUGAUAAGAACGAAGAAAACAGAAUGAGUGAACGAACUGAUGAAAUUCAUGAACCAGUGAGGAAGCCCAAUUUGGAUAUCGAACAAACUACAAUCUUGGAAGAUUCAGAGUCAUCGCAUAGAGGUAAAGCAAAGGAGAAGACUGCUGAAGAGAACAGACACAAAGAAUGGUUGGAUGAGGCUCCUGAUGUUGAAAUGACUGAGAGGCGUUAUGACCGGGUGAGUGAGAAGCCUGAGAAACUAGAACUAAUGGCUGAUCCAGUUCAUGCCAUGUUAAUGGACAUGAUUCCAAGCCUUGGCAUGAAGAAGGUGGAAACCAUAAAUCCAACUCUUGAUAAUAAAAAUCGAGCUGAAGAUCCCUAUGCUCGGCCAAGCCUCAGUACAAUGGUGGAAAAUAUAAAUCCAACUCCUGAUAGCGAAAAGCCAGCCGAAGAUACCAGCGCCCAGCCAGUGAAGAAGAAAAAAGUCAGCUUCAAAGAUCUUGCUGCCAAACUUCUCAAGGAUUAG